AUGUGCGCUUGGCCUGACCAGUACGCCGGUGUGUGCCAGCGCCGUAUGCCCAAUGGGGUGUUGCAUUACCUUGCACACUCGCUUAGGGGAAGGCGCUACAGGACAAUGUUCAGCGGGGUGGAUGCUCCGGGAGUUGCGCUCUACAGCAUGACGGCCAUGGUCAAAGACUACUUGAACAUCCCCAGCAUGGAGGGGCCGUCGCACGAGAGCGCUGUGGAGUGGAACGUGAGCUGUCAGGAUGAGCUUCAGUCGGGGCCGUGCAAGCCGAAGCAUCUUUUUCGUGACAUCAAGGGGUUUUUCAAGCCCGAGGUGCUGGCAACAAUCCAAUCUGUGCGUGAGAGAGGCCUACCGCUCAACCGCCACACGGUGAUGCCCAUGCUACACAGCGGCAAGGCCACAAAGCGCACCUCCUUCUGCGUGCUGCAUCAGAAGGAGUGCGUCGUGGAGCCCUGCCGCGAAGCCUAUGCAGGCUUUCCAUGCGUGUCUUGGUCGCCCCAAGGUAGCCGCCAACGUGACGAUUCUGAGGAUUUUGAUUGCUGGUGCGCAAUGGCAGCUCUGGUCCUGGACGUAGAGGACGACUGCGUCAUCGUUGAGUGCUCCCACAUGUAUGACACAUCAAUCUUGGCAGAGGCGUGGAACCCAAAGUACGCUUCUUUCUUUGUGGUGAUUGAUGCCAUGAAUUUUGGGACAGCUUCCAGACGGCAAAGAAUGUGGGGGGCAUGCAUCAGCCGCUCCACGAUCACGCAAUCGUGGAGCAGCCUGCAAAACGUGAUCCCCAUGUUCUACAGGUGCGUGGCCGCCUCUUUUGACUUCUCGCAUUACCUGAUUGCUACGCGUGAUGAGCUGGAUGCUGAAUUGAAGUGGGCGAUGACACGACCCAAGUCUUUGGCAUCUGGCAAGUCCUUGGAUGAGCUGAAGAGGAAAGAACAGGAGUUCGAGCUGAAGUACGCAAAGGUGCACCAGCCUUCUGUGGCCCGCUCGCUCAACCAGAACCCGGACAAACACGGCCAAGCGUCGCAGGGGCGAGUGCUUCACGCGAUGAUCAAGAAUUGCGGCGGCGUGCCGCGCAAGCGCACGCAUGCGUCAGUUGUGUCCCAGAUGGGCAACUCCAUGAACGUGGCGUGCUGUGGCGCGAUGGCGUUGCUGUGGCCUUUGAAGUUAAAGUUCUACUCGAUCCUUUGCACGCGGACCAGUUCUGAGAUGGCAGGUCAAGUCGAGGAGAUGAGCGCAGGAGGCGCUCCUCCUGCGCCCGCUUUUGGUGGGGAUGGGCCGCUCUGCAUCGACUCGAGCAGCGAGGGCGAAGAAGGCUCUGGCUCUGGCUAG